AUGCCCGUGGUGGGGCUCAUCCCGUUCGUGUACGCGGCGAUCAAGAGGAAGCGGAGGUCGUCGUCAGCGAGGGCGGACCGCUACGCGGAGAUCGCCGCCAGCGCCGCCGCGGCGCGGGGGCGGGAGCGCGCGCGCUUCGACGGCAGCGGCGCGUACCUGUCUCAGAGCUGCCAUUUCGCCGUGCGUCCACCUUCGCCGCCCGACGAGCUCGGGUUCUCGUACGACGGCGACAGCCGCCCGCCACCAGAGAGUCUCUUGCGGAAGCUUUCCUCAGUAGAUCGCUACGAGCGCUUGCUGUCCACGGGCGGGCGGGAGGACGCGCGCUUCGAUGGCGGCGGCUACCAGUCCCAGAGCUGCCGGUUCGCGGCCCGUCCUUGGACGGCCGACGAGGUCGGUGUACAAUGCGACGGAGGCUCCACUCGCAGCACGCAGCCGGAGGGCGCACCACGCCAGCUGCUUCCUCCGGCCAGCCAAGACGACCGCCUCGCCACAGCCGAGAUGCGGGGACGGGGGAACGCGCGCAUCGACGGCGGUGGUCACCAGUCUCAGAGCUGCCGUUUCGCCGUGCGUCCUUCGCCUGUCGACGAGCUCAGUAUUUCGCGCGACGAAGGCGGGGCCUCCCGCCACCUCCCGGCGCGACCGGAGGGUCUCUCGCGGCAGCUGCCUCUGCCGGCCAGCCGAAAAGACCCCCUCGGCACCGGUGAGACGCGCUGGCGGGAGCGAGAGCAAGCUCGCUUGGACGGCGGCGGUCACCAGUCUCAGAGCUGCCGGUUCGCCGCGCGACCUUCGGAUGCCUACAAGUUCGAGCUCGGUUUCUCGAAUGACGAAGAAUACGGCGUCACCAGUCAGGCGCCGGAGGACCUCUCGCGCAAGUUGCUCUUGCCGGCCGGCCGGAGGGAGCGCGAGGUCUCCAAGUCCCUGAGGUUCAGCAGCAAGCGCGUGUUCGCAUGGGUCAGUGGCGCCUAA